CAGGUCCUUAGCUGUCUGUCAAAGCCUCGCCAUGAGGCAGGAAGCAUUUCGAAUUAUUUUCAGUACAAACUUUGUGUCGAGCACACCUAGAACUCACUCCAAUCAAAUAAACGCUGCCUAUCAUGCUCUACAUGAUGAACUACUUGCUGAUCCUUGGGUGUGCCCUCAUGUUGGUGCUACCGAUGUACGGCGACUGUCUGCGCAUGAAGCGUUCUCAAGGCGAUACUGCAAGUGAUUAUAAUGAAACCACUACAAUGGACAAUACUGCUUCACUGAGCGGAAAAGCCACCGUGUUGGCCAAUAGCACCAUUACCACGGCUAACAUGACUGAAGCCACAUCUCCGGAGCAGAAGAUUACUGCUGGACCGGUGCGCAGUACUGUAGUUCGUGGAAAGACCACUAGCUACACAACCACCACCGCAUUAUCAUCACUUGCUGCUGUGGCAUCCACAUCCUCGCCUCUGGAUGCCGGAAAAUUCCAGCUAGUGGAGGAUCUGCUGGGACUGCGCCGUCCCAAGAGGCGUUUGGGUAGCCUGAUGGACGACAGUCUGCAGCCACGACAAUUGCACCACAAGCGUCGCCCAGCGGUGGAAGCUGCUGCUAUGGCCACCUCACUGCCACCCAACCCGAAUCCCAAUCUUAAUUCCAAUCCCAAUCCCAAUUCCAGUCCCUAUGUGUACUACAACAAGCUGGUUUCGCCCGAUGGCAAGCACGAGAUGAAGGAGUUCGAGCUGCUGGCGCCCAACAUGAUGAUUGAGAGUGUGCAGCAGGAGUUGAACUACGGCCCGGAAGUUUUGCCACCGGAAUUGGCCGGAGUGCUACUGCUGAAUGCAGCCGAGAACACUCCACGCGGACUUCAUAAUGCAGCACCACUGAAGCACCAUCGCAAGCACAAAUCCACGCCGGCUUUGCCACCGAUGCUCUACAUGCUGCAACAGUUGUUGCAGCCCACUUUCGAGGGAAAUCUCUUGCUGGAACAACCAAAGGAGCCACAGCGUCGCGUUAGUUCACCCCUCUAUCAAUUCCUUGAUGGCGCCAUGGAUCUGGCUUUGCGCAACAAUCCCGAUGUCAUCGAUCACCUGCUGGGCGAUCACCUGGAAUUGGAGCUGGAGAUGGAAAAAACGAAGAGCAUCAAGGAUAAGGCACUAACGAAGAAGGCCAAGAAGGAGGCACAGAAGAUGGAACCCAAGGAGGAGCUCAUCGUCAGCUGUCCCAUCCACCAUGAGCACCAUGCCAAUCGCAAUGGCGACAUGGUCGAGGAUGAUGUCGUUUUGGUGAACGAGUGCCAUCUGAUCUAAAUCUGAAACGGGCAGCUGUCACAAUGUUUCUUAAAAAUUUUAGGUUACUUGUUUUUCCGCAUUCUUAUUUUUAUUUUUUGUUGCUCCAACUGGAAGUUUAUAUUUCUUGCAUAUGUAAGAUUUUACUCUAUAUACAAAAACAGACAAUAAAAACUAAAUACACAUAUGUUCA